GACAUAGAGAGAGAGAGAGAGAAGGAGAGAGAGAGAGAGGACUCAGGCAGCCUCUCAGAUCUGAGGACUACACAGAAGUACAUUCCUGAGGCAGCAAGCGAGGAGAGGACAGCGUAGACAUCACGACAUCCUUUAAAUCUCUCCCUUGACCACGUUCGACUGCCUCUGACCUCUGCCGGACCUGGACGCUCCUCACACACUCUCUCUCUCUCACUCUCUUCUUCGCUGCCGGUCCAGCCGCUCAACCUGCUCUGCUGCUCUGUGAGAAGUGAAGGAUUUGCCCCCGAGUGACGAGAAGAAACAGAGAGAAUUAAAACCAACUGAAGAAAAAGGAUAAAAUCCUCUCUUUGGGGUUUUUUUUUUUUCACCUUGCUGCCACAGGUUACCUGAAGGUCUACAAACACACACAGCUGACUCUCGUUGUCUCUCUGGCUUCAUGGCUGUGUUUACCCAUAUCCUCUCUUCAAGGGCCAUGUAUGUUGGAACUCCCUCUGCAAAUAUUAGAGUCAGUGCCAUGCAGUGUUGAGUAAAGCAAAACUGAAGUGACUGUUUGAAGACCUUCAUCCUUGUGCUGCGUGGUCCCAGAUGGAGCUAAAAGUGUGGGUGGAUGGAGUGGUGCGUGUGGUGUGCGGCCUGUCUGAGGAAACGUCCUGCCAGGAUGUGGUCAUUGCUCUGGCUCAAGCCAUUGGUCAGACAGGUCGUUAUGUCCUGAUCCAGCGCCUCAGGGACACAGAGAGGCAGCUGCUGGCCACAGAGAAGCCUCUGGAGUCUCUUGCUAAGUUGGGCCAACAUGGCAGUGAGGUUCAGUUCUUCCUGCGGCGAACUGGCCCAAGCAGCAGUGACUCACCUGGCCCUAAACAAGACAGACCCAGCCCCCUCCCCCUCCCAAAGCACCCUGAGCCAGAACCUUCGAAACGCAGUCAGCCUAAGAAAGCACUCACCUUCAACCUUGGGCCAUCCACCUCUCCUAGAACCAAAGCCAAACAGUUUAAGAGAUCUCCUCGGGACUCUCCAGAGCAAAGAGCCUCCCCCUCUCCUUCCCCCAGUCCUGUUUCCUCUCAUGUGCCAUCGCCCUCCCCCUCCCCACCUAUAGGCCCAUCGAAAGAGGAGGUCUUUAGGAAGGUUCUUCAGCAGCAGGAAAGACUGAGGGCCUUUGAGGCCCAGUUAGAAGCCCUGGAGAGGGAGUCACAUUCCUGGGAGCGUUCCUACCCGUCACCAUGUCCCUCACCUGUCUCUGAUGCCCGCUUGCAAGAAGAGAUGAAUGCUUUGGAGCUGGCGCUGCGCAGGAACCAGGCCGAGCUUGCACAUGAGCAGUAUUGGGAGGAGCAGCUUCAGGCGGAGGUGGAAAGGGAGCAAGGGAUGAGAAGAACGCUCGGGGAGCUCCAUGCGCAGCUAGACGACUGCGGGCGAAGGCUCCACGAGUUCUCUGUUCGUUCCACUCAGCUGGAACAAGAGAUCCAGAGGGAGAGCCAAGCCGAAGGGAAAGCCAGCAGACCGGAGGAGUCCCUCGAUGCAUUGAAGGCGGAGCUCCAGAACCAGGAGCAUCAUGGGACAGGGCUGGAGGAGCAGCUAUCUGAGACUGACAAGGCUCUGGGGAAGGCAGAGUCUCUGCUGCAGGCCAAACAGGAGGAGCUGGAGGAGUUAAAUAAAGAGCUGAGGCAGUGUAACCUGCAGCAGUUUAUACAGCAGACGGGCGUCCUGCCCGCUCACACACACUCACGCACAGAGCUUCAGGAGCAACUGGAGCAGUUAGAACUGGCGCAUCUUUUGCAGGAGGGGUACACCAAUGGAGGCCACAUUGUACCUCAAGUGGACUCCCCGCCUCGCCCCACUGCCAAACAGUUCCUGGGACAUCCCCGCAACCUGCAAAACCCUCUCGUGUCCAGUCUCAACCCUGAGGUCCUGACAUCCCGCGAGUCAUCAUGGAGAUAAAACAUGGACCCACAUGGCCAAGGGAAACUUGUUCACUGUUGUGUCACCGUCACCUCUUAUUUAACCCCUUUCUUUGUGACUCAUUAUUUAAUCCUCCAUGAUAUACAUACUGUAUAUACAUAAGACAAAUAUAUUUACAGAGUUUUGCUACUGUAAACACUGCAAUAUCUGUAUGAAAUGUAAAAUAAUUUAGAAACCUUUUACCUAGAGCAAU